UCGCACUUCACGUGAAAGAGAAAACGGUUCAAAAUGGCGACGUACUUGGCAGGUUUCUGUUGUGCAAAAUAGGUUAUCGGGUGGUUCCUAUAUGCGAUAAUUCAGAAUUUAACGUGAAGCUAAUAGUGCCGGAAAGUAUUAUGAUUAGUUCCAGAUAAGAUUCGUGUACACGGCGCGUUUUAAUCUCCCGUAUUAUCGCGCGCACCCGGAAGAUAAUGGCCGAUAAUGCCAUCGCGGGCGACGACGAGCUCCUGAAAACUAUUAAAACGCUUUUGUGGGGUUCGACCGUCAAGGAGGACGUUUUCAAGCGAUGGGCGCAAGGCUUCUACUUCAGUAUAGAUGAACCUACUGCGCUUGUACAGACAGAAGGAGGACCCUGCGCUGUGAUAGCUGCGGUUCAAGCAUUUAUUUUGAAGCAGUUACUGUUGGAGAGCGAUGUUAUAACUUGGAAGGAUAUCAAAGCCGAAAAAUGUGAUCAAUUACUUGUGAAAGCCUUGAUUGAAAUUAUAAAUCAGGCUGCUGAUAUUCAGGAUCCUAAGUAUUCAGUAGUACACGCCAAUGAUUCUAAUGACUUUGUAUCUAGCAAAGAAGGCACUGAUUCUAAAUCAGCGGAGCCAAUGGCAAAUUCAGCCCAAGAUAUUAGCGAAGGUAAUCAAAUUAACGAAACAUCGGCUAUCAAACAAGUGUCAUUAGAAUCAGAAGCUUUUCAUUCUCAAUUAAGGAUAUUUACUACAAAUAGCAUCGAUGAUGUAGAAGAUUUCUUUACGGAACGAAUUGGAAUGUUAAAAGAUCAAUAUGGUAUAUUACUUCUGCUUUAUACAGUGAUGUGUACAAAAGGAGUUCCGGAAAUAUGCUCUGAAAUGUCAGACCCCACAGAACCCAUGAUCGAUUCUACCUAUGGAUAUGGAAGCCAAAGUUUAAUAAAUUUAAUGCUUACUGGCCGGGCAGUUAGUCAUGUCUGGGAUCACGAUCAAGACAUUAGUGGGUUAAAAUUACGCGGUAUUGAUAAACAGAAUACAGUAGGAUUUCUCACUCUGCUAGAGCAUUUACGGUAUUGCGAAGUGGGUACAUUUUUAAAAUCACCGUCGCAUCCGAUCUGGGUGCUAGGAUCGGAUACGCAUCUAACUGUACUCUUCUCUACGGAGAAGCGAUUAGUGAGUCCAGAGACACCAUCGGAACAAGCGCGAAGAAUUUUCAAACGCUUUGACCCAGAAGGGAAUAACUUUAUCGCGGCAAAUUUACUACAGGAUGUAUUGGCGGAACUAGGACUAGUAGCCGUUGCUGAAUAUGUCGAUAUCAUGAGGAAGAGACUGGACAGUGAAAAUUUAGGAAUAAUACUUCUCGCAUCGUUUAUGGAUGAAUUCUUUCCUGAGGAACCAUGUAUGUGCCCAGAUAUGUUUGUCUUGUAUCACUACAAUGGUCUACAGCGUAGCAAUCCGGAAAAUAGAGUGAAAUAUCACAAAGGACAAGCGGUAUUGCUUGAGUGUACUGUAAAAUGUAUCAUGGAUAGCAAUCCUAUGCUGACGGUCCUGCAAACGAAGUGGCCAAGGAUUGAGAUACAGUGGGACGUAGGACGAAAUCCUAGUUUAAAUUAGAAUUUAUAAACUGUAAUAUAUAUAUAUAUAAUGA